AUCCAGGUUUGUUCUAUAACUUGAUAUGCAGGACUCCAUGGAUGAAAGAUUGUCUUUAUUCUUCUAAUACGUUGUGGAAAUGAUGAAAAUGUGUUUUUCUGAUAAAACUCUCCUCAUAAGUCUUGCUUUAUAAAAGAUAAGUUUUAUUUUUAAUCUAUAUUUUUCAUAAAUAUUGCUUUUUAUAAUAGUUUUGAAGUUGACUAGUGCAGUCGUCGAUUGUAGAUGAUAAUUUCAGACUUGCUGUGCUCAAAAAAAGUAGAUCUCUUUCUGAAGCUUAUUUUUCCAUUUUAUUGUCUUAAUACAACAAUAAAUAGAAGUUUGUCGUGUUAGUGUGUUACGAAUCUACUGAUAUUUCAAACAUAAUCAUUUGAUCAAUGAUAUUUAAACAAUUUCAUCUUUUGUUAUUGUCGCGGAAGAAUAUUUUAUAACCUUUCUGCCCUAACCUCCUUUCGCGCUAUUCAUCUAUUGAUGUAGAAAUGCGAAAUAACGAUGUGAGUUGUGUGUAAAAAUGUGUCCGUUUCGGUGUACUUUUUUUGUAGGAAGUGAACGGUAUUUAUUUAAAAAUGUGUUUGUGUGAGUGAUGGGAAUAUUAUGGUUUUCUGUGAAGUGGCUCUCGAACAUUUUCGGGAUAACGUAAAGAAAAGCUAAUGUGUUUGCAGCGGCGGGGUGUUGGCAGCGGUCGAGGCUCUGCCUAACAUGGCUGCAACGCAAGCUGAACCCCAGCAAAAUGAGGUGAAUCGGGAUUUAGUGCAACAAGAACAACCUCCAGCUUUAGCAAACCCGGGUUUACAAAAUGGUACAGACAAGAGUGCUAAUCGUAAUUUAGGCGGAUCCGAUUUAGCCGGUUCUAAAGGUAAAAUAUCGAGUCAAAUUAAUCACCCUGUAGAGAUGAGUCAAUACCGUCAGGAAUCUGGUGCAGGUCCCCCUCUUCAUAAUAACGAUCAAAAUGCAAACAGCAGUGAUGAAGUGGCCGGUAAGAUCAAUAAUUCGGAUAAUAAACCAUAUUCUCAUAAUUCGGAGCAAGGAGGAGGCGGAGAUCAGAAUUAUGGGAAAGGUCCUUCGGACAAUAGCAACCAAAACAUGCAAGGAUACGGCAUGCCUUUUGGUCAAAGGCAGGGGUAUCAUCAUUCUGAUCCUAAUAGUCCAAUGCAAAUGCCUAGUGAUAACAAUUUACAUCAUCAGAGUAAUUCGUAUGGACAAUACAAUCCUCAAAACAUGAGACAUGGCUAUCCUGGCUCGAAACCGAUGCCAGGCCCCCCUAGACCCCCAAGUGGAGGCUCUGUUAUGAAUUCAGGUGCAAAUUUUCCCCACGGACCUCCUCAGAGGUUUAUGACAGGUCAGAGCAUUUCCCAGCCGACUGGUCCGACUCCUACCCUCAACCAGUUGUUGCAGGCGUCGAAUCCAGUUCAUCGGUACCAAAAUAGUUAUCCGGACUAUAAUAUGCCAAAAUCAGGGGAACAACCACAGGGAAAUAUGCCCUAUAACCAAAACUGGCCUCCUCCUCGGUCAAUGCCGCCAUAUGGACCUCAGCAGGGUUCACCAGGAUUCAGGAAUCCUCCUUCAUCGGUGCAGCAAGUACAAGGCAGCCGAGGAGGCUACGGAGGAGCGCCGGGUGGCGGGUCCGGGGGUGGCGGAGGAGGUGGAGGCGGUGCAUCGCCCGGCUAUCCGCCCCCGGCGUCACCGGGAGGCGGUGGUAGUGGUGGUGGCGGGGGUGGCAGUGCGGGUCCACAGCACCACUAUCCGCCAUACCCGCAACGGUAUCCGACGCCGCCGUCGGCCGGAAGCGGGCCGCAACCGCCCCAUCCUCAACCACCCCAUCAGCAACCGCCCCAUCCGCCCCCACAGCAACACCCGCCUCCGCAGCAGCAGCAGCAGCCGUCACCCCAGUCGCCCAGUCAGCAGCGGCAACCGCCCUACUCGCCACACCAGAUGGUUGGCUCUCCGUACGGCGGCCCACCCCCGAACUCGGGAGGCAGCUCAUCCGGGGGCGGUCCCCACCAGUCGCCACAACACCAGUCGGGUCCAGGGGGUCCACCGCCCCCAGGACCCACCAAUGGCCCUGGACCACCACCGCCCCCUCCUGGCCACUCGUACGGAGGCGGCGAGCGGUGGCCACCCCCAGCCCCUGCGGCAGGUCCGCCCCCCAGUCCUACUCAGCCGCAGCCGCAACCCUCUCCCCAGCCGCAGCCGCCGCCCCCUUCACCGCAGCAGCAUCAGUCAUUUCCAAGCCGCCCUCAACAAGCUUCAACGCCCAAUGCGCACGCACCUGAUCCAGGGGAUUUGCACGGAGGCAACAGCAAUGACAGCUGCAGUGGUGGGGGUGGGGGCGCAGGCACCCCCAACUCGCAGGGGGGUGGCAUGAGGCCAACCCCCUCACCCACGGGCAGCACUGGCUCCAGGUCCAUGUCCCCGGCUGUCGGCCAACAAAACAUUCCGAUGCCUCCGAGGCCCCCCAGCAGCCAAUCAGACGGUGGCGGUCCGGCCAGGAUCUCACACUCACCAAUCGCCGCUAGCCAGGGUGUUUACCAGCAACAGUUGGCUCCCCCAGGUGGACACAUGCACAAUUACAAGAUGGGACCAGGAGGUGGCGGGGGGCCAAUGGUGGGGCAGCAAAUGGCCCCUGGGUCACCCUACGGGGCGGCAGGCCAGCAACAGUACCCGCCUCCACCGCCCCCGCAGCAGGGGGCAGGGGGUGCACAGGGGUACCCGGGUAGUCCACGGCCCCCGAUGCAGUACGGGGGUCCACCGCCUCCCAACCAGAGCUACGGCCCACAGGGGUCCGGCCCCCCCAACUCGCAAUACCCGCCCUCCAGAGGCAUCCUCAACCACGUGUCCCAUUCUCAGUUUGGUGGCUACCAGGGCUGGGGCAGUCCUCAGGGCCCGCCCCCGGGUCCUCCCAUGAUGGGCCCCCAUCCUGGCGCCGGCAACAACCAUGUGGCGGCUGGGGGCGGCAAGGGUGGUCCCGGCCCUCAGCCCACGGGACCCUCGGGUCCCUCGGGACCGCCCCCAGGGCCACAGACGCCGCCCCAGCCAAGUAAUGCCUCACCGCGCUCUCACACGCCGCCUCACUACCUCAAGCAGCACCUACAACACAAAGUGGGUCUUAGCGGCGCCGGAGGCAUGCCCCCAAGUCCCGGGGGCGGCUACCCGUCGAACGCAGGGGGACCGAUGCCGCCCCACCACCACGGGGGGCCGAUGGGUCCACCGCCCCAGCACAUGGGCAUGGGUCCACCGCCCCCUUCCAGCAUGGGCCCACCGCCCCCCAACAGCCACCACGACCAGCCCAUGCCGCCUCCUGCGUCCACCCCCAGCGGGGGACCACUGCCUCCCCAUUCGCCACACAUGGCCGACAUGCAUGACAACGGCAUAACCACCACCGCUUCUGGCACAGUAAUGACAAGCGUGAGCGGCAGCCAGACGACAGGUGGAAGCGUUACGUCAGUCGUGACGACCGGUCCCGACGGCACGCCGAUGGACGAAGCCUCACAGCAGUCGACGCUGUCAAAUGCGUCUGCCGCCUCCGGGGGCGGCGAGGACGGCGGCAGCAGCGGCGGCGGAGGCGGCAAGUCGCGGGGCGGCAACAAGGAUAGCAGUAUGUUAUACCACCAUCCGCACCCGUCACCCGUGUCCGGCCCCCCGUCCGCCCCUGGCCCCCCUGGCCCUCCUGGCCCCCCCGGCGCCUCCAUGCACGACAACGACUAUCCGCCCGACAACAGUCCCACCUGGUCCCGGACGCCUUCCAGUCCUGUAUUUAACAGUCAUGUGCCACAGGAUCUUUACAGAACAAAGCAGAAGCACGACAGCCUGGGUAAGUUGUACGAGAUGGACGAAAGCGUGGAGCGACGAGUGUGGCUGGACAAGCUGCUGCAGUUCAUGGACGAACGUGGCACGCCGAUAUCCGCCUGCCCCACCAUCUCCAAGAAUCCCCUCGAUCUUUUUCGACUGUACCUUUACGUCAAGGAGAGAGGGGGAUUCAUGGAGGUAUGCAAGGUGCAGUGUAGUUCCAUGGUGGCGAAAAACAAGAUCUGGAAGGACAUAGCGGGCCUGCUGGGGAUCGGCGCGUCGUCAAGUGCGGCCUACACGCUGCGAAAACACUACACCAAGAACCUGCUGCCGUUCGAGUGCCACUUUGACCGCGGCGGCAUCGAUCCGCAGCCAAUCAUCAACCAGGUCGAGUCCUCCACCAAGAAGAAGGGCUCCAAGGCCAAUCCGGUGCCUUCUCCCGGCACAAGUUCAUCAAAUUCACAAGACUCAUUUCCAGCCGGUGGGGGAGGACCGGGCAGUGGAUCGAUGGAUGGCUACAACUACGGCUACCCUCAAGAUUACAACAACCAAAGGCCUCCAUCUCAAUCCAACCAAGGGAGUGGAGGAUCAGUGACUGGAGGGGCGGCUCCCGAUAUAAGCGUGUCAAAUCCCUUCGAAGACAUGCUGACCAAUGCAAAUAGCAGCCUCCCUCCCCCCCUGCGGGGUAGGCACCCCCAUGUCCCACCAGGUAUGUUAGGAGGUUACCAAAACCAAGGUGGAUACUCGCAGUAUCCCGACCAGUACAAUCAGCAGUACCCGGGAGGCCCGGCGCCAGGUGGGGGUAAUUACCCACCCAACCGGCCCAUGUACCCCCCGGCACCCUAUGGUGCUCCCGAAGCUGAAAGGGGCUAUAGUCAAGGAGGCGCCAGUAGCGGCGGUCAAGGUCCAGCUGGUCAGGGAGGUCAACCGGGUGGCGGCCAGGACCCCUACCGAGGCUAUCAGCCCGGCUACCCGCCCCGUCCCGGUGGCUACCCGCCCCAGGGGGGCCCAGGUCCCGGCCAGGGGGGUGCAGGCGCGCCCCCGGGGGGCAACGCUCCCUCACCACAGGCCGACUACUACAACAGCAGCGCAGGGGGGCCCAGCAAGUGCAUGCCCCCUCCGCCUCCCUCCAACCAGCCCCGUCGGCACCCCGACUUUGCGUCCAAACCCCCCGACCAGCCCCCGGGACCCCCACCCCCCGGACAACCCCCCUACCCGCCCUCACCCUACAACCAGCAGCGGCCGCCUGCCAUCUACGGUGGACAAGGAGGAUGGUCGAGUACAAACAACAACCAGUACCGAGGCCCGGGCGGUCAGUUUGCUAGCCAACCACCAAGUGGCGCAGGAGGCGGAGGCCAGUGGGGCGGUGGAGGCCCCCCUCGGCCGGGUCCGCCCCCGGGGCCCCAGCAACAGCCCCCGCCACCCGGCAGUCAGUGGGCAGACCAGCACCGAUAUCCGCCCAACAGCCAACCGCCGUUUCAGUCCCCGCAGCAGUGGGGUAGUGUAAAUAAUAUGAGCAAUUCAAUGGGGCCGAACGCGGCGAUGAGACCUCAGCUUGGACCAAGAGCGAACUUCAGGCCAGAUGGCAAACAAUUCGGCCAAAUGCCUGGUGCACCUGGAAUGAAGGGCCAAGGCGUAGGCGUGCAAGCAGGCACCAAACGCGAGAUGGUGUUUCCACCGGAGAGCGUUGAAGCGACGACGCCCGUGCUCUACAAGCGACGACGCCUCACCAAAGGCGACGUGGCGCCGGUGGACGCUUGGCGCCUCAUGAUGGCACUCCGCUCAGGCCUGUUGGCCGAGACGUGUUGGGCGCUGGACGUUCUCAACAUUCUGCUGUUUGACGACAACGCUGUCGCGUACUUUGGACUGAGUCACCUGCCUGGGUUGUUGGAUAUUCUGUUGGAACACUUCAGGCGCGCUCUGGCUGAUAUGCUCGAGCCCAACUCGACUGAUGAGCAGCCGCCUGUUGUUGCUGCUGCUGCGUCGACUGCCACCAGUGAGAAGCAUCAGCAGUGGUACGAAAGGUGCGUGCAGUCGAGCGCAGACGUAGACCUUGGCCAAGUGGAGAAGCCACCCGACCCCACCGACCGGACACCACUAGUGGCGUGCGGCGAACAUACACUACGCACGCAUCGCGGAGUGGCCGUGAGUGUGGUGCCGGCCUCGGACGACAUAUUCGUCCUGGACUCGAAGCGCGCGUGGGACACGGACGCCGAGUUCAUUAUGCCCGAAGAUGGCGGUUGCGACCUGCACACGUCGCUCUCCUACAUCGUGCCCUGCUUCCGGUCCGAUUUCGGAAUUGUGCCGUUUGUGCGCCUCCUCAAAACCACCAAAGUGACUAGUAACUGUGACCGUAGGACUAAUGAGUGCACGACGACAGUGAAAGUGAAAAAGGAGGAGGAGGAGGAGAAGGGUGAAUCUAGUGAAGUGGACGAUAGUAGCGUUAAAAAGGAAGUGAAGGACGAUAGUGAAAUUAGCGAGAAGGAUAAGGACCCGGCGCUGUCGAAACGGAUACGUGACCCGGCGGGAACCCUAAAGCAGCGCAAAAUGUCUGACUACGAGGACGAGUGUUACUCGCGGGACGAGGCGAGUCUGUCGACGGUGACUGAGAGCCAGGACUCGAUUGCGCGUCGCUGCAUCUGCCUCUCGAACAUACUACGAAACCUGACUUUUGUGCCGGGCAACGAGCUUGAGUUUGCCAAGAACUCGACGCUGCUAGGCCUGCUGGGGAAACUGUUGCUGCUGCAUCACGAGCACCCGCUACGCACUCUCAAGCAGCGCAACUACGACCGCGAAGAGGACGCCGACUUUGGCGACUGCUGUUCGUCGCUGCAGGGCGACACUGAGUGGUGGUGGGAGUGGCUGCUUGUGCUCAGGGAGAAUGCCCUGGUGUGCGUCGCCAACAUUGCCGGACAUAUUGACCUCGAGCCCAUCUGCGAGGAGGUGUCACGACCGCUGCUAGACGGCCUCCUGCACUGGGCCGUGUGCCCGGCAGCCCAGGGCCAGGACCCGUUCCCGUCGGUGGCCCCCUCGUCGCCCCUCUCGCCCCAACGACUCGCCCUCGAGGCACUCGUCAAGCUGUGCGUCACCGACUCGAACGUCGACCUCGUCAUCGCCACGCCUCCAUUCUCGCGGCUCGAGCGACUCUGCUCGGUGCUCACGCGGCUGCUCUGUCGAAUCGAAGAACAGGUGCUAAGAGAAUUCGCGGUGAACCUGCUGCACUACCUAGCAGCUGCAGACAGCGGAAUGGCACGCACGAUCGCGCUGCAGUCACCAGUGGUGUCGCUGCUUGUCGCCUUCAUAGAGCAAGCCGAAGCCAGUGCACUGGGAGUGGCCAACCAACACGGCAUAGCAGCACUGCGCGACAACCCUGACUGCAUGGGCACGUCGCUGGACAUGCUGCGACGUGCAGCUCGCACCUUGCUGCACCUUGCCAAGCACCCUGACAACCGGCCACUGUUUCUCCAACAGGAACAACGGCUCCUUGCACUCGUCAUGUCGCAGAUACUCGACCAGCAGGUGGCUGCACUCAUUUCCAGGGUCCUGUUCCACUGCUCGCGACCCCCCUCGUAGGACACGUACUGUACAGAUCACUCCACCAGAGUAUAACAAUGUAUAAAUGAACAGUUGACGAAGACAUAGAGUGAUAUAUGUUGUGUAGUUUGAGUCUGACCAUGUUAAUCGUCGACAGGGCAUGAAGCUCUCCGAUUGGCUGAUUGAGUUGGCGCCUGAACUCAAGAACACCUGAGAACUCUUUUUUUAGAGUCGACAGGGCAGGAAGCUAUCCGAUUGGCUGAUUGAGUUGAACAACCGCUUUAUAUGGUCUGGUCCUAUAUCUGUAACUAAGGUGUCGUUUGUUUUGUAGUAGAAAACACAUGGCCCCACAAACAGGAAACACAGUGAAUGACUUGGCUGGUGUGACUUGUGUCUACUUGAUGUCGUCACUAUCUGUGUAAUAUACCGUAUUACUACACUGAGUGUCACUUAGGGUCGCUUUCUCCAAAGCUGUUCAACUAUUAAACCAGUUUAAUCAAUGUAUAGUCGCAUUCAUUAUAAUGUGUUUCAAUUGAGUCAGCUGAUAGCUUAAACUAUAAUUUAAGUUUAAAUUAUUAGAGGAAGCUACCCUUGAUGUUACACGAGUUUGUAAUAUAUUGACACUGUGCUAUAUUAUAUACAUCUCAUCAUGGUGUGUGUAUGUGUGAGCGAACUUUGAAAUGAAGUGAACUUUCCAUGCUUGUGGGAAAUAGUGUUGUGUGUUGAUUAGCGCACGGAAUUUGUAAAAAGUAGAGUAAGUAAUUUCGACUAGAAGUAACGGUUGCAAAACAAAUACUAGAACCGUGCAUCGAUCGAUAAAGCGUAUUAAUGUAUUGAUUGAUUCAAGAUACUUAACAAAAUGACACAAUGUGAUUUUUAGGUUUCGUCCCCCGGAUAUAUUAUUAUGAUUACAAGUGUUUUGUAAGGUGUCGAUAACUGUAACUGUCGAUUGUGUCUCUCGACCUGACUGAUCGACUCAAUUUAGUUGAUAUUAAAAGUUGUUGUAUUAUAAACUGAAUAAACGAGAAUGUAUUAUCAAAUUGAUAUUGAGAGUUAUUGUGUAAGAGAGUGAACGCUUCCCGUAUCUGUUUGGUAUUAAACCUAGAUUAUUAGAGGUCAGGCUGAUGAUUAGCUGACUUUUUAAAGACUUGGUGGAUCUCUUUAGAGUUUCUCUGAAGACUGUUUUUUAUUAACAACUAGAUUUAUUUUUUAUCAGUUGGAAUUUUUUUAAUCUCUUCUCAUCAGAUGCGAAUACAUUUAAUUUUUCUUCUCUCAUCAUCGGAUCAUAAUCACGAUACGUAUACUUAUAAAUAUGUUUACAGUUAAUUGUAAAUAACUAAAGCAGUCUAUAGCAUAGAACUUCAUAACAGCCUUUCUCCCAAUUUUAAUUUAUUAAAUAUAUAAAUAUAUAUGAAAUAUAUAAAUAUACUGUAUUAUUGUUACUAUAUUCCUAAUAAAGAUUAAUAAUGGUACCGAUUUGUACUGGAAACAAAAAGCAAACCUUGGACAUACUUGUAUUUAUACGAUGUAUUAUGUACUGAAUCAUUUUGGUUAAAAUGAAGAAAAUAGUGAAGAAAAUUGAAAUGAAAUGUUAAUAUAUUAAUGAAAACCUGUUAACAGAAAAAUGUGAUAGUAAUUGAGUCAUAAUUCUUUUUUCUUUCUACUGUUAAUUAAUUUUUAAGUGUGUUGUAAAGAAAACUUUUAAUCGACAACGGAAAAUUUUAAUAUCAAUUUAUAUUAUAUUAUAUUUGUUUGAUUUAAACACAAUUUAUAGAAUAAAAAUCAAUUUGUAUUGAAUGAUUUGAAUGAAUUUAUUGGUUUUAUUUAGUUGUUUUGUCGAUAUUUUAUAAUACCGAAACGAUACGGAAUGUUGUUUUCUUUAUAGAGUUUCUAAUCAGUCAAAUCGACAGUUACUCAUAUUGUUUAUUAUUUACGCAAUGUUCAUUUCAUGUGGCUGGAGAUUUCUAUUAUUUAUUAUACAGAAUGAAAAUUCAAAUAAUAAAUAUGUAAAAUAAUUGUGUAAUAUAUUAAAACGAUGAAUAAUUUUUU